CGCUGGCGGGCAGUGAUGGCGGCGGGUGAUGGGGACGUGAAGCUAGGCACCCUGGGGAGUGGCAGUGAGAGCAGCAGCGACGGCAGCAGCGAGAGCCCCAGCGGCGCGGGAGCGGCAGCAGAAGGGGGCGGCUGGGCGGCAGCAGCGUUGGCGCUUUUGACGGGGGGCGGGGAGAUGCUGCUGAACGUGGCGCUGGUGGCGCUGGUGCUGCUGGGGGCCUACCGGCUGUGGGUGCGCUGGGGGCGGCGGGGUCUGGGCGCCGGGGCCGGAGCGGGCGAGGAGAGUCCCGCUGCCUCUCUGCCUCGCAUGAAGAAGCGGGACUUCAGCUUGGAGCAGCUGCGCCAGUACGACGGGUCCCGCACCCCGCGCAUCCUGCUCGCGGUCAAUGGGAAAGUCUUCGACGUGACCAAAGGCAGCAAGUUCUACGGCCCGGCCGGUCCAUAUGGAAUAUUUGCUGGUAGGGAUGCCUCCAGAGGACUGGCGACAUUUUGCCUAGAUAAAGAUGCACUUAAAGAUGAGUAUGAUGAUCUCUCAGACUUGAAUGCUGUACAAAUGGAGAGUGUUCGAGAAUGGGAAAUGCAAUUUAAAGAAAAAUAUGAUUAUGUAGGCAGACUCCUAAAACCAGGGGAAGAACCAUCAGAAUAUACAGAUGAAGAAGAUACCAAGGAUCACAAUAAACAGGAUUGAACUUUGUAAACAACCAAAGUCAGGGGCCUUCAGAACUGCAAUUCUUAUUACUCCCUUUCACAGAAUGUCCGGCGUCUUUGGGUUUGGUUCACCUGCUGCAAAAAACAUUCAACAGAUUCUAUACAAGCUAAAUGAGUCUCACUAUGAAGAUUUGAAUACUAGACAUUAUUUAUGCUGCCAAACUCAUUUGUUGCAGUUGUUUGUAAUGUCUGGUGGGGCAUCAUCAUCCUGAAAAGGAGGAAACGGACUUUUUUUUAAAGAGCAAGAAAGUUACAAGGUUACUCCUUCCUCCCUUCCUUCCUUCCUUUCUUCUUUCCUUCC